AUGGCCCGCUCUCUACUCUCCCUCUCGGGGCUCGCCCUCCUUGCACCCCUCGUCCACGCCGCCGAACUCAAGCGCAUCACGGCCGACUUCGGGCCUAACCCGACCAAUGUGACGUUUAACCUGUACGUUCCCGACAAGGUGGCGGCCUCGGCGCCGUUGUUGGUAUACCCGCACUGGUGCCACGGAACCGCGGAGCAAGCGUUCGAGUACAAGCCGUGGCGGGGGCUGGCGGACACGCACGGAUACAUCAUCAUCUACCCAUCGAGCCCGUGGGAGGCAGACAACUGCUGGGACGUGUCCUCGUCCGACACGCUGACGCACGACGCGGGCGGCGACUCGCUAGGCAUCGCGAGCAUGGUGCGGUGGACGCUCCAAGAGUACGACGUGGACCCGGACCGCGUCUUCGUCACGGGCGUCUCGUCGGGCGGCAUGAUGACCAACGUGCUGCUCGGGUCGUACCCGGACCUGUUCGCCGCGGGGUCCUCGUUCGCGGGUGUGCCCGCCGGCUGCUACGCCGCGGACGGCUUCGGGGUGUGGAACGCCGACUGCGCCGAGGGCCGCGGCGUGCGCCCCAAGGUGCAGGUCUUCCACGGCGACUCGGACGAGGUCAUCCACCCCGUCAAUUUCGCGGAGCAGAUCAAGCUGUGGUCCGCCGUCCUGGGCACGGGCGCCGAGCCCACCGAGACCGUGGCCGAUACCCCGCAGGCGGGUUGGACCAAGACGGUGUACGGCGACAAGGGCCUCCUCGAGGGUUCCUCGCCGCCGGGGUCACGCACGACAUCCCUGAUCAGCGAUUGCUUCUCGAGGAAGACGCUCGAAAAGCUCGAGUCGGGCCCGUCUUGCAAGAAGAGGAAGGCUAGGAAGGCGUAA